AUCCCCAUUCCCUGGCUGGGCUAUAAAGACCCUGUGCGCGUGUGCCUGUCAUGCAAUAUCAAACUGGACGAGUACAAGACCGUUCGAGAGGUGGUGAUUCUGAGACGCACACAGACGGUCCAGGUUUACAAUGUGGUAGAGUACGGCCGACGCUACUACAGAACACUUGUCUUCACAACAGACUCUCGAUAUGGUCUAUAUACCAUGCCACCCAGAUACAUACCUACCGAACCAUGGACACGUGCAGAUCGACUCGCGGCAUGCGAAAAUGUGGAACACUUGCGUCUGCUGCAGCCAUCGUCCAGUCUGGUGGUCAUGCGCAACUUCGAUGCGGAGACUACCAAGCAUCAG